AUGGAUCUCGGAUUAAAUCGUGUUACUCGAUUGCUUGAAGCACUCAAGCCCCCAUCGACCUCUGCAAACGCAUAUGAUCUUGCCCCACAUCUCACAUACCCUAUAAUUCACGUCGCAGGAACAAAUGGUAAAGGGUCCAUUUGUGCUUACAUUUCAUCGAUCCUUCAGGCUUCAGGAUUCCGUGUAGGUCGCUACAAUUCACCACAUCUCAUUACUCCUCGUGACACGAUCCAGAUCAAUAAUCAGCCCAUAUCUCAGAGCGAUUACGACUAUGUCACUGAAGUCGUCAGGCAAAAAGACAGGGAGUUAGAGUUGAAGGCGACUUCCUUUGAGAUUCUGACCGCCGUCGCGUUUUACUGGUUUGCUUACGAACGGGUAGAUAUUGCAGUAAUUGAAGUCGGCGUAGGUGGGCGAUUGGAUGCGACUAACGUUGUGCCAAAUCCCAAAGUUUGUGUAAUUGCGUCCAUUGGAAUGGAUCAUGGGACUGUAUUGGGAAACACUAUCGAAGAGAUUGCAUCAGAGAAAGCAGGGAUUAUUAAGCAGGGAGUCCCUGUUGUCGUUUCUUUUCAAGUGGAGGGAGAGAAGGUCUAUAAAAUUUUGGAAGAUAAGGCCAUAAGUGUAGGAUUACCAUUGAACAAAGUUAUUAAAGCGAAGCCGGCGUUAGGACAUUGGGCAGAGCUAGAGGAUGACGGAUUUAAAUUUUGGUUACCAUUGCUGGGAGACUUCCAGCUGGAGAAUGCGGCUGCGGCUAUUAGAGCGAUUGAUGUGCUGCGAAAGAACGAUAAAAGCGAUAUGAUUUGGAGUCAAAAGAUCACAGAGGAAACUAUUCGCAAGGGUAUGGAGGAAACGGUUUGGCCAGGGAGGUUGCAGUGGGUUGAGGAUACAGUUGCACCAAAGGAAGUUAACGGCCAGAUGUUGAUCGAUGGGGCUCACAAUCCUGCAGCAGCCGUUGCACUGCGUUCAUUUGUGAAUGAGCAUGUCGCUAGGAGAUCUCUGUUAUCGGGAAUUCGACCAAGAAUACAUUGGAUUGUGGGAUUAACGAAGGGCAAAGAUAUUGAAGAAAUGUUUGAUAUAUUACUCUUUCAACAUUUACAUCCACAAAAUCAAGGAUCUGAAACAAAUACGUUCUCAGCAGUGGAGUUUACUCCACCAGAGGGCAUGCCGUGGGUAUCGUCGAUUGCUGCGCAGGAAGUUUGCGACCGUUUGACGCAGCGACGGGACCAACAAAAGGAGAAUUGUUGGGGAUCGUUGGAGAUACGUUCAUUUGGUACAGAUCUGAGGGCUGCACUUGCUUGGGUUGGGACUCAGCGUCAGGAAGAUGAUGUGGUGAUCCUCUGUGGAUCGUUGUAUCUUGUAGCAGAUCUGUUUCGCCUUGUUCAGCAACAGCGCAAAUGA